AUGAUGUUUCAACUGAGAAAUUGCGCAGUCUUCCUGACCCUUCUUGGGUUAUCCCUCGCUCCUUUCUGCGCCGCAGACUCAAUCGCGAUCAGCCCUGAUACCCCAAUAGCAUCGUUAAAGGCUGCCGCAAAGGAAGCUAACGGACGCGGUGCUCGACAUGACGCCUUGAAUUAUUUCGAUGCUAUUAUCUCCAGGGAACCCUCCGAUUACCUUACUAUAUUCCAACGCGGCGCUAUUUAUCUUUCUCUCGGCCGUACUGCACAAGCCAGUGCAGACUUUGACAGCGUCUUAAAGUUGAAGCCCGGAUUUGACGGCGCCUUGUUGCAAAGAGCGAAGCUCCGGGCUAGAAACGCAGACUGGACGGCUGCCAAACAAGACUAUAUCGCCCUUGGUGAAAAGGGAGUUGACGAAUUGGCAAAAGUCGAGGAGGCUGAGGGAGCCGCUUAUCUUGCCAUCAAAGCAGAGGAAAGCGGUGAUUUAGAAACAUGUAUCAAUCAGUCCGGUCUUGCCAUUAUGACCGCUGGCGCAGCAUUAUCCCUCCGUCAACUUCGUGCCAGAUGUCGAUUUGAACGUGGUGAAGUACAAGAAGGCGUCAGUGAUCUUCAACACGUUUUAUCCAUCGCCCCCGGUUCCAUUGAGCCUCAUCUGCAGAUUUCAGCCAUGCUCUUCUACAGUCUUGGUGAUACUGAACGCGGUCUUGCUCAGAUAAAGAAAUGCCUACACUCCGAUCCAGAUUCCAAGCCCUGCAAAAAGCUUUUCCGCGAAGAGAAGGUCAUAGCGAAACAGUUUGAUAAGCUUCAAGCUAUGAUCAGCAACAAGCAGUACAACUCCGCGAGUAAAUUGUUGGUCGGCCAAGGCACCGAAGACGAGACGGGGUUACUUGCAGAACUCAAAGCCAAUAUCGAUCAACAUCGUUCCGAUGGAACCAUUCACGCAAAGGCAUCAUCUGAUCUUUAUUCGAUCUGUGUAGAGAGAACCUGCGAAGCCUACGUCUCCAUGAAAUCCCUGGUGAAAGCAAAGGCAUACUGUGUUGAAUCCUUGGAUCUGAACCCCACAUCUCUCUACGGCCUACUAUACCAAGCUCAAAAGCACAUGGACAACGAGAGCUUCGAAGCCGCCAUCACCUCGCUCAACACCGCCCGUGACAACCAUCCAGACUCGCAGAACCUCAUCAAUGAGAAAAUCCAGGAAGCUCAGGUCGCCCUCAAGCGAUCCAAGACCAAGGACUACUACAAGGUGCUUGGAGUCCCACGGAAUGCAGACGAGCGCACAAUCCGCAAAGCUUACCGCACAGCCACCAAGAUCUACCACCCGGACAAAGCCGCGGCACGCGGUGAAUCAAAGGAGGAAGCAGAGAAGAAAAUGGCUUCGAUCAACGAGGCGUACGAAGUCCUCAACGACCCCGAGUUGAAGGCUCGCUUUGACAGGGGUGAUGAUCCAAACGAUCCCAUGGCCAACCAAGGCGGAAGUCCGUUCCAAGGCAGUCCCUUUGGAGGAGGCCAGCAGUUCUUCUUCCAGUCUGGCGGCCAACAAUUCAAGUUCUCCGGUGGCGGCCCGGGUGGAAAUCCAUUUGCAGGAUUUGCAGGAUUUGGAUGA